CGAAAAGUUUAUGCAAGUGUUCUGGAAAGUUACUAAUAUUGACUAUACUACGGUUGAAUGAUAAACCGUAAUAGUUUUUUCCUGUUUAUAAAUGAACAAGAUUCCUAUUUAAUGUCAGCCGAUUCGAACUGGAAUUUCAUUUUUUCAGCAACAUCGAAAGCAGAAGCAGCCAAAUUUGAACUUCCAUCGAGUUUUGAGUAGCGAAGCGGACACCUACAUGAAUAAAAUGAGUGUAUUUAUGUGAACGGGCAGUCUAAAGAGAGUGUAGCAAAAAUAGGAAUCGAAGUGCGUGUUUAGCUGUGCUGUCAAAAUCUGGAGUUUUCGCAACAUUUUCCAAUGGUGACGGACAACCCUCUUUCAGGCCCAGAGGAGGUGAAUAUUUGAAUUGUGCAAAUGGUGAAAAUUAUCGUUCGAUUAAAUUAAACGUGGAAAGUGUUGGUUUUAAAUACAGGAUAUGUGCUGUUUGUAGGCUAUUUUCAGUAAAGCAAAGAGUGAACAACGAAUAAAGUUUUGCAUUGGUUCACUUACUAUUUCGAGCAAAAACGUAGCGAAAAAUACAGUGAAGUUGAGUUAAAUUACAGAAAAGCGCUUUGUGGAAAAUUGUGGAAACAGGUUUUUGCUCCACUGAUAGCCGGGUGGUUUGUGAAUGUAGAAAAUUUCUCGAAUCUUUGCAACACCAAACCGGAGCCAGCGCCCUGGUUGAAGUUGAAUUCAGUUGGACUCAAAGAAGAAGAAAACAGUGAGUCAGUCAGUCAGCUAGUAGCGAAGGAAAAAGAGCAGCAACGAUUAUACGGCUGAGACCACGACGACUGCGAUCGAUGCUCGUUUAGCUGCUGGCUGCUGCUGCUGUUCGUCCUCGCUGGUGGUGGUGGCGGCGACGGCCACGGCGGCCAUAUUAUGGCUGAGGAAGAGUUGAUGGUCGUGCUGCGAAAGAGCGAGGAUGCAACUUUUGGAUUCUCGCUGCUCCGGACCGAUGGUUUCCCGCAUGUCAUCUACGACAUCGUGGAGAACUCGCCGGCUGCCGAAUGUGGUGAGGUCGAAGCCGGUGAUGUAAUCGUGAAAGUUAAUGGAACGGACGUGCACGGAUUUACCACUAAAGAUGUGCUAAAAUGCCUGCGGCUUUCCACGGAUCCAGUUACGCUGGAGCUGAAAAGAGACCCUAAAAUCAAAGCUCACGUCCGCAAGUACCUGGCCUCCAUAAGCAAUCAACAUCCGCACUCGGACGGCCAUCAGCUGCAGAACUCGAAUCCCUCGUCGCCAAUUUACAACCGCCACUCGCCGGCUUCGCCACUGUCCGAGCGAGGUCCGAGUCGUAUUCAGUCACCCGCGCUGACGGGUGGCAGCACUGCUGGCCGAUACGGCCACCGGGUUUGUACGUCCGAUCCGUCAUGCCGACCGUCCCGCAUUCCUCAGGCCGUGCAGGCCACCAAAAAUUCCUGGAGCGCUCCACAGUCGCCGCACGGUUCUAAAGCCCCUCGCCCCUCGCAGAUACCGACUGCCAACGGGACAGUCACCACCCAGCAGAGCCAUCACUACAGCCAUCAGUAUUCAUCGUCAGCGUCGGCAUUCUACCAGCAGUCUCCAUCGCAACAACAACAGCAACCGCCGAAAAAGGGCUUCGAAGCAUUCAUGAUGACCGGUGACCUGAUUCUGAAUCUCUCGAGAACACCGCAGAGCUCCGGAAUAUUGCCGCAAGCCAAGGCAAAGAUUGACAGCUUGCGAGACUCGCCCAGUCAUCGGGCAAGUACGAAGCGGAAAAACGGUGCAAUUGCGCCCCACGCCAAAUGUGAUUCUUCUCCGUCGUCGCCGUCGAGCGAGAGCUACUCGGAAAAUCAGGAUAAAGUGCAGAAUCAAUCCCAAGUGGAACACUCGUCGAAAAAGAGUCGAAACCAGCAACAGCAGGCGGCAAUACAAGAUCAAAAUGAUCAGAAUACGGGCAGCUCGAUAGAAUCGAUAGUCAACAGUAGCAGUAAAAAACUCAGCGGGAUCGGUAGCAAUCAUAAUAACAAUCACAACAAUAAUCCCUUUGUGGAAGAGAGUCAUAACAAUAGCGGAUCUGCGCAUGCUGCUGCUACCGGUGGGCACACCAUUGGUAGCAGUAGCAACAGUGGAGGAAGCAGUGUCGACGCGGUAGAUGAAGAAGAGGAGAAUGCUGAUGAUCUGAUGGAUCUGGGCAGUAAUCGAACAAACACAAGUGGCUGUGUGUCAUCCUCGUUGCUGGGCGAACGUAACUCUGUUCGACGAGACGUUCGCCCGGGGCUGGUUGGCAGUAGUAAUAGUGCCGGUAGCGGUGCUCUAAUUGUAGAUCCGGCAUCAAAUGCCGUUGGAGCGGGAACCGAUAGCGUUGAUAGUAACAGCACAGCUGUUACAAAUGGCGAUUUUCGACACUUCCAUAACUCUACCAGCGGUAAAGAAAGAAGUAAAUCGUCUUCGUCCUCCGGAGGCAAUGGUACAACCGUCAAGAGUGAAAGCUCACCGGAGAUGAGCUAUUCUGUGCCAACGUCACCGACAUCCCUCUCGGCUGCACCUAUACUGGAUGGGUACUCUUCUUCCCUGAAGAAAAGGGAAAUGCUACUGGCAAAUUCGGUUCCAACCAGUCCGGAAUCAGGUGCGCAGGAAAUUGUUCGUCGCAGCGGUAGCGGCAUUCAUCAUCCACAUCAUCACCACCACCACCACCAUCACCAGCACCAUCCACAUCUCAGUAGUAACAAUCAAUCGGCGACCAGUGGCGGUGGAGGUGGUGGUGGUAUAAUAGCAGGAGUUUCCGUUGUCGCUGCCAGCAUGAGUGGAUCCGCAGCCGUCGUACGAAAAUGCGACGCAGCAGGUUUUCGAACCAGCCGAUCAGAGGAUCACUUGCAGCAGACACAGCGAGAAGGUGGAAUUGGAGCAGUAGUGCCAAUAGACAUCGACGAGGAUGUCAACAGUUCGCUGAAUACAUUGCUGGAUACCCGGCAUGAUUCGGAGGAACCGCAGGGCUCCGACCACGAUCGAAUAGUAUGGACAUACAAUGCUCCGAUAUCGCAAGCUAACGGUGGAGGUGGAGGCACAAUAGGAACGGGAAUCAUAACAUCCCCCAUCUCGCAUUCCAGCUCGAUGAGCUCGUCACCGCAGCGAUCGGCUAGCGAUAGUCCGGCUUCGCCAACCUCAGUUUCUUCAUCUGUGAUGUCCUCAUCGGGCGGUUCCAAGGGUGCCAACGAUAAUACCCACAAUGGGUAUAGCAACAGUGGCUUCGACGGGGGUCGAGGAGGAAAUGGAACGCACAGUAACUUGCAGAGUCUUAGCUGUCAAAAUGGCAGUGGUCCUGGUCAGAAUGCGAACUGCGGAGGGGCCCUGGAUCAAAGCGUGUCGGAAGCAGUGUCGAAUAUUUCCAGCCCGGACUACCAGGACGAGCACGAUUUGCUGAGCACUCGCGAUCUAGCUGCGAUGGCCAUCAGCGAUCCUAGCGAUUCUGACUCAACGAUAUUGGUUUCUGAAACAACGCAUCGAGUGCACGAUCGCGAUCGUGACCGUGAUCAUAAAAUUGUGAUACAGGUUAAGGGAAUGCAGCAACAAUUGCAACAGCUCCAGCACCACGACGGUCUUCGCUAUUCCGAGCUUAAAGAUUCGGAAGAUGAACUGGCAACACUGACCGAGGAUAUGCCGGCCAGCCAGCUGAUGGGACAAGAUGGCGGCGGUCAAUUUGGCAAUGGUGGUGGCCGGGAAUCGUCGCCCCCGGUUUCGGACGAUGGAAGCGAUGUUGAUUCGUUGCAUUCGUUCCACUAUUCUCCGAAGGCUGUGGAUCUCCCGUCGGCCGAGCGUCUGGCCAAACGGUUGUACUAUCUGGAAGGGUUUAAGAAGAGCGAUGUCUCGAGACAUCUCAGUAAAAACAACGAUUUCAGUCGGGCGGUAGCUGAUGAGUACUUGAAAUUUUUCCUGUUCGAAAGGUUAACACUCGACGAAGCUCUGCGACUGUUUCUGAAACAAUUCUCUCUUUCUGGCGAAACGCAAGAACGAGAGCGGGUGUUGGUGCACUUCUCUAAGCGCUAUCUUGACUGCAAUCCGGGUUCUUUUAACUCACAAGACGCCGUUCAUACCUUGACAUGUGCAAUAAUGCUGCUAAACACGGAUUUGCACGGUCCAAAUAUUGGCCGUAAAAUGACCUGCUCAGAGUUUAUCGAGAAUUUGAGCGAAUUGAACGAUGGCGAAAACUUUCCAAAGGACAUUCUAAAGCAACUGUACCAGGCAAUCAAAUCACAACCACUCGAAUGGGCCUUGGAUGAUGAUUCUCCAGAUCAGCAGAAAGGUGGCGUUGGCCGAAAUGAGGGUAGCAUGGGUGGAAACGGUGGUAGCGGUGGUACCGGUGGAAGUUUACAGGGACCCCCGGUGGGUCCAAAUCCGUUCCUAGACCCUCCGCAGCCGGCUGCGAUCGAGUACAAGAAAGGUUACGUGAUGCGGAAGUGCUGCUACGAUACAAACUAUAAGAAAAGUUGUUGUGCUUUUCUUACAGCGCCAUUCGGUAAGCGGUCGUGGAAGAUGUUCUACUGCACCCUGCGCGAUCUGGUUCUGUAUCUGCACAAGGAUGAGCACGGUUUUCGUAAAAACCAGAUGUCGGACAAUGUGCACAACGCUAUUCGCAUCCAUCAUGCGCUUGCUACCAAGGCUAGCGACUACACCAAAAAGCAGCACGUCUUUCGGUUGCAGACGGCCGAUCAGUCCGAGUAUCUGUUUCAGACUAGUGAUUCCAAGGAGCUGCAAUCGUGGAUCGAUACGAUCAAUUUCGUGUGUGCAUCGUUCUCUGCUCCUCCGCUUGAGGGUGGUGUUGGUAGCCAAAAGCGUUUCCAACGGCCGCUGCUACCCUGUACGCACACUAAGCUGUUACUGCGAGAACAACUGGCAUCCCAUGAGGAGCAGGUCAACAAGCUUGAAAAUUUACUCGCAGAGCACAAACGAUCAUCAAUUCCAACGAAGGGACUAGCCCUACAAAACUACAAAGAAAAGGAGGCUUAUCUACUCUACGAGUUAAAACGCUACAAAACGUACUACUAUCUGCUCAGUUCCCGCAUGAAUUCGGAUCAGGCGUUGGAUUUCGAGAAUCUGCUGACGUUGGGCGAAAGCAGCGUUCUGAUGGAAACCGACGAAAUAUUGCAGCGAAAUCGGCAAAACUCAACCGGUGGUGCUGGUGGCAGCUUUGGCAGCGCGGGCGCAAACCAAGCCAUCAUCCAGCAGCAACCGCUGAGUCAGCAGAGCCAGCAGCAGUUCCAGCUGCAAACCAUCGGAUCGGACAGUAGUCACACCUCCGGGCCAAUCGGUGGCAGCGCGGCGUCCAACAGGAACGACAGAAUUUAUAAAACCUGAGACGACUCCCUAUACAUCACGACUGCCUUUUACCAGUACCAGAACAGCCAUGUCUAUGACCAAAACGAUUACCACCAUCAGCGGAAUGUAGAAACUCGGAGCCCUGGAGGUAGUGUGGCUCAAUCCGUUUCUUCCGCUGCCGGUGAAGCCACCACCUCUUGUUGUCCAACCGUACUGGCUGCUAUGACCGAUACCCUACGAUCCCUUUCCUAUCUCCUGCUCCCGCAAAGCCAUGUAGUCUCCAUUGGCAGCAGUUCGAAAGAAGAUGGCCACGCGACUGCAAACGUGACUACACCGUUCUACGGUGGUCACAAUGUGUGAGUAUUCGUUUCAACCUGAUUUCUCAUGUUUUAAAAGAAAACAUCACCUUAAACACCCCGGUGUAUUGUAUCAUGUUCGAAUUGUUACAUUUGUAUAUGGUUAAUUGUUGUGCUAUCGGAGAGUUCCGGAGGUCGUUUGAUUUCCUUAAUCCCACAAAAGGGAGGUUAAGUGUUAGGUCGCUUGACGAAUUUGGUCUGAUUUUUGGACGGUUUUUAUUUUUAGCCUAGAACACGAUUUGUAAGAGAGAUUUCAGAAAAUGGCGCUUCAUUUCUUUAACGCUGCACACUAGAUAAAAAUACGUGUUUCGAUUUAUUACAUUCAAUCUGAAUAUGGAUGAGCGUGGAAUGGAUGUUUGCCGAUGAUGGAUGCUGCCUUGUGUAAGUUUGCUUGAGCAAAAGUAGUUUCAUAAACGUAUGAAAAUCGAAAUUAUAAAUAUGAGAGAAAUAGAUUUUUCUUAAAUGUUGUAAAUUUUACAAUUAAAAAUUAAUGACUAACAUAUGAACAAUGGCAUUUUAUACAUCCAUAGUUGCAAGCUAUUGAACAGAAUGCAGUAUAAAAAAAUUAGACGGCUCUAUAAUUCAUCUCUCAGUUUGAUUGGACGCGGGAGAAAAAAAAACAUUGAAUUAGUUAGCAAACACUUUGAAUUUAACGUCUUCAAAAUGUGUACGUGUGUAACACCCGCAUGUAAAAUGGGAAAAUGAUAAUAAUUCACCGCAAUCUAGUGCUGCCAAAUGGUAUUGGGCGUCCAGUUUACUAUGCUAAUUAUUAUCUAUCGAUCUGUUCGUGGUUCAAGAGCUGUUCGUCAAUGCUCCAUCUGGUUCUGUUGUUGUAAAAGUAUAACUAUUUGCAGCUCUUUCCAAUACUAGUUUUGUCAAACGACGGUUCUUACGUAAAUAAUAGUAAUCAAAAAACAAUGGUUUAUUUUUAUAACAAAGAUCAAUUUUUCGGUCUCAAAUAUUCAGGCCUAAGAAAGUAAAUCCUACUUAGAAGAUUCAGAAUGAAAUCAUUCUGCGUUGAAAACAGGAACAUGCUUUGAUCGCCUACUUAGUUAUGUGAUUGUUGAACUAACAAUCAUAUGUAUGAAAUUGUUUUCGUAUGAUUAUUAGCCUAUUUUUUAAAAAAAGGCAACUGUGUAGAAACCUGUAUGUGUCAGUUCUUCAAAAAAAAAUUACCUUGCAGUGUGUAUAAACAUCUUUAAGGAAUAGGUAUUUAUUGAAUAAAAAAGGUAAAAUAUAACAGUAAAAAAUAAAUCAAGCGUAUAAUAAAACACACAAGCAGAACGCGUUGGAUUGUUUUAUAUAUUCAUAUAUAUAUAAUGGUAAACAUAUAAAAAUCAUUUGAUUUUUAUCGUAAUAUAAAAAAAAACAAACAAAAAUUAGUUUGUUGAAAUCAUUUACUCUUACCAGGAAACGAAUACAUAGGUACGAGAAUGUCCCGAAAAAAAACUCUAAUCUUCCCUAAUAGAAGACAAAUCACUCCCAGCACCGAAAUGAAUGAAUGAAUGAUGAUGUAAGUAAAACAAUCCUUGUAUAGAGCAACGUUCGAAUAAAGUGUAAAACUUGUCAAAACCGGGAGACUGUCUUACAAACUUCUUUUUUUUUUAAAAAAAAGUGUUCUUGAGGAACACCUGAAGAAGACGGAUAAGGAUAAUCGGUGACAGAGACGAUGGAUCAUGAUUUUAAACCAGACUUCAUAAGCGACACACAUUCACACGUAUAACAAUAUAUACCUACAACCAGUAUAGUGCAUUAUCCGAUUUCACAAACUGAAGCCGCUGUGCGUAUCGAAACGAGCGAAGACAGUCACUCAUUUUCCCUGAAAAAUACCGCUCUACAGCGAGACAUCGCCGAGUCUGAAUGAACGCGCAUUCGAAGUUGAUAAAUAUAAAAGUACAUAAUAAUCAUUAAUUAAACCCCGAAUGAAAGAAUUAAACAAACAGUUUAUAUAGUAUUAUUCAAAUACAUCAAUUAUACUGGAGUGGGAGGAACACAAGAGAAGAAGAAAUACUGUAAGGCCACAACAGGAAAUCACGUAUGUAAAAUAAACUGA